AUGAGUGGCGCAGAACCGUCCGUGGAGGUCGCCACGUUUGCGCUUGGCUGAUUCUGGCACCCGGAGGCUUCAUUCGCGAAGCUUCCAGGCGUGGUUAAGACGCGUGUGGGCUACACUGGCGGCACCAGCCCCAACCCCACGUACGGCAGCGUAUGCGCGGGCGAUGGACACACGGAGGCUUUACGGAUCUGGUACGACCCUUCGGUGGUGUCGUACGAGGAACUGCUAAAGAUGUUCUUCCGCGACCACGACCCCACCCACCGUACCAAAUGCCAGUACAAAUCAGCCAUCUGGUACCAUAACGAGGUGCAGCGGCGGGCCGCAGCGGCCGCAAUGUCAGAACUGGAAUCCAAAUUCCGAGUACGACUAGCUACCACCCUGGAUCCCGCGGGACCCUGGUACGAUGCCGAGGAGUACCACCAGAAAUACAUUGAGAAGUCCAUGAGCCGACGUGGCAGCUGGGCAGCCUGGUGA